AUGGCCUGGCUUUCUUCCCUCCCCCUCGCUCCUCGCCUUCGCCCAUUCCAACCUCCUCCGCUCGCUCUCGCCGCCGCCGGAGUCGGGCGGACCGCGGCGAGUUUCCCGCCAGCUUCGUGGGAUCGGAGUAUCUCCGCGUCGGGCUGUUGUUUCGCCGGUGCUCCGGUGGAGUGGAACCCCCGUCGGGGGCGGCGCCUCGCUGAGACCGCCGGUUUCGGCGCUCCCUCUCCUGCCGCGGUUCAGGAUAUAAUCUCUGCUGUUGAAGGCUGAUGAUUGCUGUUAUUGAACAUGAAGGAUGAUGUGUCUGUGAUUUGAUCGAUAUUAAAUUGAUAUCUCUACCAAGUGAAUCACAGUACAGAGGUUUGUAUUGUAGCUCGAGAAUUGAAACAACUUGGUAAUGAGUUGUUUUUCUCGCAUUUUCAAGAGGACGAGCGGGGGUCAGCAACAAACUGGUCCACUCAAUGAGGACCUCCCGGGUGUUGAGAACAUAACAAGAUUUAGCUAUAAGGAGUUGGAUAGGGCAACUGCAAGAUUUGACCAAUCCAAUAAGAUUGGUGAGGGAGGUUAUGGACCAGUUUAUAAGGGAACACUCAGGGAUGGAACAGCCGUUGCAGUAAAGGUGCUCUCUUUGCAGUCUAGGCAAGGCGCGAGGGAAUUUCUUAGUGAACUUAUUACGAUCUCUGAUAUUUCCCAUGAGAAUCUUGUCAAGCUUUAUGGCUGUUGUGUGGAAGGAAGCCACAAGAUCCUUGUCUAUAAUUAUCUUGAAAAUAAUAGCCUUGCACAAACCCUUCUAGGUUCUCAGCAGCAUAGCAGCAUCCAGUUUAACUGGAGUACUCGAGUGAAUAUUUGCAUUGGUGUUGCCCAGGGACUAGCAUACCUCCAUGACGGUGUCCGGCCUCAUGUUGUCCACCGGGACAUCAAAGCUAGCAAUAUACUUCUGGACCAGGAUCUUACCCCGAAAAUUUCCGAUUUUGGCUUAGCGAAGCUUCUACCUUCGGAUGUAUCACAUAUUAGCACAAGAGUCGCAGGAACGCUAGGUUACCUAGCUCCUGAAUACGCCAUACGAGGACAAGUGACCCGGAAAUCAGAUGUCUACAGCUUCGGCGUUCUGCUGAUAGAAAUAGUCAGUGGAAGAUGCAACACUGACACAAAACUACCCUACGAAGAUCAGAUUCUUCUUGAGAAGACGUGGGCAUACUACGACCAGGGGCAGCUGGACGAGAUCAUCGACAGCUCCCUGGGCGACGACCUGGACGUGGACGAGGCGUGCAGGUUCCUGAAGGUGGGGCUCCUGUGCACCAAGAACGUGACGAAACGGCGGCCCGACAUGUCGAUGGUGACCCGGAUGCUGAAGGGCGAGGAGGACGUGGAGUCGCAUGAGAUCACCAAGCCCGACGUGAUCCGGGACUUCAGGGACCUGAAGCUGAGGAGCAAGGCCACGUCGUCGUCGCUGCUGACCUCCAUCGUGGCGCGCUCCUCGCCGUCGUCGUCGUCGUCCACCGGCAACACCACCCGCACCUCCAUCACCUUCACCGCCAUAUCGGACCGCCCCUGACCGAAGAGGCGCGCGGGAGGACAAUAGACACGAAGAGACUGCAGAGAAAACUGUAGAUAGCCGUAGCGCAGCCCAGGUUUUUCCUCUUUUCUUGUGGUUUGUAUGGUCUGUGUGGUAUAGUAGCCUUCAUACUUUCAUUCACUUUACUCUUUUUUUUUGGCGGGGCACUUCACUUGAUUGUUUCUCUGUAUAAAAGGGUUAUACCCAUUUUUUUUAUCAAUAGAAACCAAGCUCAUGUAGUUCACAGCA